GGUGUGGACUUAAAAAGAGGGCUGGGUAAAAGUGGGCGGACGGGUAGUUCCUAGUGUUUGUGCAUUUAGACUCCGAGUCUGAAAUUAGUGAUCUUGAGAGCAGAAGGAAUUAGACCUGAAAAGAGACACACAGCCUUCAAACACAUCGUCAUCAUGCUGAUUCUCCUCGCUGGCAUCUUUCUCCUUCACAUUAUAGGCAUCGUCCUCCUCCUGGUGGCCACCAUUGACAAUGCCUGGUGGGUGACUGAAACGGUGUCCACUGAUGUGUGGGCCCGGUGGCUACUUCAAAACGGAGUGUGGAACUACACCGCCCUUCCCACAGGUUCAUUCUACCCAGAGGAUUACCUCCAGGCAGUGCAGGCCAGCUCAGUGCUGGCGUGUAUAUUCUCCGGCCUGGGCAUCUUUGUGUUCCUGGCUCAGCUCUUCACCCUCCAGAAAGGACAGAGGUUCACCAUCUCCGGCGUCUUUCAGCUCCUCGCCUGUCUGUGCAUCAUGAUCGCAGCCUCCAUCUACACAGACCGCUUUCACCUCGACGAGAGUUCUGGCUGGUAUGGUCACUGCUACAUCCUGGCGUGGACCUCCUUCGCUAUUACGUUCAUCUCCUCCAUCAUUUACUUUGUGCUACGCAAGAAGACAGCGUGAGACGGACACUAGAGCUAUCCAAACCAGCCCCAAACCCUUUGGCUGGAUCUACUCUUUCAGCUGAAAUCUGGUUUUUAGUCACGGAUGGCGUAAACAGUGUUUAUACCAUACCAGAUUUGUGCUGCUAGUGUAUAUUCAGCUACAGAUAGAACCUGUUGAUCCUCUCAAAUAUGUACCAGUGUUUGAUUGAGUCUGCUGUCAGAUAGUCAGGGUUUCACACUUUUAGGCUAUGUUCAUUCUUGGCGUCUUUUUUUAAAAGGUGCCAGCGUCUGUUUUACAUUUGAAUCCUACGGAGUAAACUGUGUUUUCAAAAAAGUCCUGAGUGCUUUUUUAAACGCCACUGUUGACUUUUUUUCUACAGCUCAGGGCAUCUUUUGGAAGUUGAAAAAAAAAAAAAACUACGUCAAGCGCUUUUUUGACAGCCGACCAAUGACAAGCGGAGUAGCCAGACCAAGAAAAAAUGGAGUCGGAGCACAGCGAGUUAUAUGAUAUGACCGGGUGCUCCCUGUACAGGGAACUCGCUUUGUUUUAUCUAACGUCAGUAGCACCGCUCUCUCUCUCUCUCUCUCUCUCUCUCUCUCUCUCUGUUCUUUCUCUAGCUCGCUCCGCCACUUUGUUUAUCUAACGUUAGCACCGCUCCACAUAGCGCUCUAAGAUACGUUAGCAGUAGCUGUUGUUAAAGCAACAAAAGACACACACACUUUUUGGAACCAAAAUGCUGCCAGCUUCUUUUUUUCAAAAAAGACGCUAAGUGUGAACAUAGCUUAGGAGUGUUUGGGAUAUUUCGGCAGUAAAAGGCAAGCUCAAUCAAUCACAGUUGUAUUUGAGUGUAUUUUCAACCCAGAGUUUGGGCUGGAUUUCCAAGGAUUAAGAAUAUUUUUGUUAUUAACUGAACAGAUUUUGCCUGACGAUAUAAAAUGCUCUGAUAAAUUAAGAUCUAUCAAUAUUUCCGCUAUUUUAACAGUAAAAUCUGUGGCCUUUUUUUCUUUUGUAAUGUACAUUUACAUAUGGAUAUUUAGUGUUGGAUAAAAUGGGCAGAGUUUAUGAUUUUAGUUUAUUUUUUUAUUUUUUGUCCUUGUUAUUUUAUUCAUGGAUUUUAUUUGAUGUAUCUGCUCUGGUUUUAACAUCUUUUAAUGCACCGCUAAUCAAACAGAGUGUCACUACAAUGUGAUGGCAUCGAUCGGCAAAGCUGUGCAAGUUUAAAGUCUUAAAAAAAAAACAUUCAUAUGUCAGCUGUUACAGAUUUGUGUGUGAUCUAAUGAGAAUAUGUGAUGACGUAAAAUAUAAAAUCAGUAAAAUAAUA